AUGAACUUCGACUGUCCGGAUGUAACAGACUUUGAGAAUGAGAUUAUGUUCUCGCAAGUUUAUACCCCAAAUGCAAAACGCCUACUCGUCAAGGUUUUCCAGGCCCAAUGCCACCUGGGGAGAAUUCUGACGGAUGUCAUUUCCAUUGCCUUCUCGGCUUCGGAUGGAUUUGUGCCGUAUUUCUCGUUGGAGGAUUUCAGGGACACUUUGACCAGAAUUCAAGUUUUGAAAAGAACAAUUGUACGGUGGAAAGAUGAGCAUUACCUACCGCUGAUUCAUCUUGAGCUAGCCGAGCAAGAGAGCAUCAACGUGCACAUCCACCUGACUCAUAUCUACUACCAAACAGCACGUAUGGCACUUGCGCAUCACGAAACACUACUUGUUGAGAAUCACCUGGAUUUGAUCCAGGAAGAAUCGGGAACACUGCUACUUAUGAUCGCAAAAGAUCUCCGCGAUGCAGUUGAGCAGAUCACUCAAUCGAUGGGAUAUUUUGGUUCAAAGAAACUGACUGAGAACAUACCGCUUGGAGUUCUUGCGUAUUGUGGCACGCCAAUGGUACUAUCUGCCAUAGAUAUCAAGCUCUCAGCUUCGAACUCGGAAAUAAUGGAACGCAGAGGUUCACUCGAGUACUUUUCCGAGAUCAUUAAACAAUCCCGGCAGAUCUACGAUAUUACUGAUUUCUUCUCUGAUGGCACCAACAACAUUCUUCAGCUGGCCUAUGCAAUCACACGGGAUAUUUUCCUCCAAGAGGAUGCUGCUCCUUCACAGCCGUCUCCACAUCGGACUCAGAACGGUAUGGCAUCGAUUGGGCUCAAGGAUCAGCGCGAUUUUAAUACAGGUGUUCCUGAUGGUGGGGAUCUCAACUGCCAACCGCUAUUACCAACUUUCAGGAACUUGAGGGUGAGAAACUGGACUGAUGCAUUUCUAAGAUAUCCUCGUGCCUACUUGCGUAUCUCCACAUGUAUCGACUAUAGCCUGGCAACAGGCCGGUUGCCCCGCGAUGAGUCGCUGCCACCGUUAGUCCGGGAGACAGCAUCAUUCCUAGUAAAGAUGCCUAGCCUUCCCUGGACACUGACUCUGAAUGCUACCUUGGACAAUACUACUACGAUGACAUACAGUAGGGAAUCCAGGAAAAUUCGUGGAAAGCCUUACCAUCGUGCAAAAUAUAGCACCAAAGCUCCUGCAGAAGUCACCAACAGGAACAUACCUCUUAUGGACGAUCCCUGGUACCUGGCCCUGCUGCAAAAUGAAAAUGAACAGCUACCUGGCUUUAACAGAGGAAUCAUCACGGAUGAAAGUGCAAAUCCAUUGAAUGACGAAUGCCUCAAUAUGCAACCUGGCGACGAUGAUUAUACUUUGAAUGUAUAG